AUGCUGAGCGCGGCACAGGAUAUUCUGAACAAACACAAGGGUGAGGAUCCUAUUGAGGACAACGUCACCGAUUCGAGCUGCGUGGAAGACAUCACCUACAGAAUCUGCUCCCCAACGUCGACGGGUGUCGUUUUGAUAUGCAACAUUCUGCCAGGUCUUUGUGUGAAAGUGCUUUGUCCAUUGGUCAUGCAUCGGAUUCCUUUUUGGGUGCGGCACACGAUGGUCUGCGUGGCGCAGGCGUCGUCGCUGUUCAUCACCGCGUUCGCGGAUUCGGUGCCAGUAGCUUUGUUCGGAGUUUGCCUUGGGUCGUUUUCCAGUGGCCUUGGUGAGACCACCUACCUGGGACUGGCUGGGCAUUACUCAAAGCACACAAUAGCUACAUGGUCUUCCGGCACCGGUAUGGCUGGAGUGGUAGCCGCUUUCUCCUAUGCUGGUCUGACUGAUCAGCGAUUGCUAGCGCUUUCGCCUGCUCAGGCAAUGCUGGUUAUGCUCGUGGUACCGGCUAUUUUCAUGUU